UAUCACACAGUUCAGCUUCACGUCAGCGAAAGGAGGGAAAUCCGGGAUAAACAAUGAAAAACGGGGAAACAAUUUUCCGCUACAGUUUCAUAGCAUAGUGAAAAAUUUGCUUGGCGGUUUGCAUAACUUUGGUUUUGGAUUUUUUUGUGACGCGCCGCAAUCCAAUGAAAGCUCGCAAAGGGAAGCUGGGCUUGUGUAUGUAUGUGUGUGAGUGUGAAUGUGUGUGGAAAUGCCAAACUCACGUGCGCACUGUGUGUAGCGCUUUCCACGCUACACACAGAGCGAAAGACACACACACAAUGUUUGUUGUCCAACUGCUCUCGCGUGUGUGAGUCUGCCUGCCAAAGAAAAUCGAAGGGAAAAUGUCACCACAGGCCGUGUGAAAAGCCCUCGUCAGCCCUACAUCCCACCAAAACAGCUGUAGUGUUGUGUCGUCCGUGUGUGUGUGUGCGUGUAUAUGUGACCAGCUUGACUUGUUGUUUCCCGCACUCUCACCUCCUAUCCCACCGUCCAUCAAAAUAUUUGUUGUGAUGGAUUCCACCUUGCAGGAGCCAAAAAUUGUGAAAAACAUUGUGCAUGCGGGCACCAAGGUCGUCCCGUUUCGGGACGGUACGAAGGUAAAGUUUCACUAUCAGACGCGAAAAUGUGACGAGGCGCGGACGCUGAUCGACGACAGCCGGGCGCACGGCCAGAAACCGAUGGAGCUGGUGCUCGGCAAGAAGUUUAAGCUCGAGGUGUGGGAAUCGAUCGUGCAGCAGAUGGCCCUGCACGAGGUGGCCCGGUUCCGGUGCGACCGGUCGCUCGUCCAGCAGUACCCGUUCGUGUCGAAGACGAUCCGGGACGCGCAGAAGCCGCGCGAGGAGCGCAAGCACUGCUGCGGCAUGACGGUGCAGAACGAGGGCAUCGGCUACCGGGACCUGGACGAGCUGUUCACCCACCCGCAGGACCUGGAGUUCACGAUCGAGAUCCUGUCGAUCGAGAGCCCGGACGAGUACGAGAAGGAAUCGUGGCAGCUGAGCGACGACGAGAAGCGGGCACUGGUUGGUCGGCUGCGCGAACAGGGCAAUGCCGCGUACCGGGCGAACGAUCUGACCGCGGCCCGGGACGCUUACUCGUACGCGACCGGCAUCAUCGAGCAGCUGAUGCUCAAGGAAAAACCCGACGAACCGGAAUGGAUCGAGCUGGCCCAGAUGAAGGUGCCGCUGCUGCUGAACUACUCGCAGUGCAAGCUGCUCGAGCGGGACUACUACGCCGCGAUCGAGCACUGCACCGAGGCGCUCAAGUACGAUCCGCACUGCGUGAAGGCACUGUUCCGGCGGGGCAAGGCUCAUGCCGGGGCGUGGAACUUCGACCGGGCCCGGGCCGACUUCGAGCGGGCGGCCGAGCUGGACUCGGGCCUGCAAACCGCCGUCGGCAAAGAGCUGGCCAAGCUGCAGGAGCAGCAGCGGCUGCGGGACGUCGAGGACCGGCUCAAGUAUCAGAAGCUUUUUUAGUUCUUUUUUUUGUUUUUUUUUUAGGGAAAGGAGAGAGGUUUUUCUUUUGGGGAUUUUUGUGUUUGUUUCCAGGUACUGGUUGCGAAUUAAGGUUUAGAGUGCAUUCCUUGCAGGGAGGGUCAACCUCGAUAGGUCGGAGGCAUUACGUGCAAAAGCCCCUCAAGUGUUUUGUUUGUUACUUCAGUUUUUGAGUAUUUGUUACACGUUUUCCUCCGCUUUCCCGGUUAGUUUAGGAACUGUGGUUCCAUUCUCUACUAACAUUUAGCCUCACUGGCUGGCAAUCGAAUGCGCCUUUUCUACGUAGAGCUUUUUAAAUGUGUCUGUGUAAUUGUUUGAUUUGUUUAGAUUAAAUCUUCGCUUCCUCUUGCUUAUGAAAAGCGUACGGGCAUACUUGGAGUGGAAAAUGAAGUCACAAACAAAAAAACAUUUAUUUCCCACAAAAAAAGUCAAGCAUGUUCAAACACAGUUUUGGGUGUUGCACGGUUCCGGUUGAGGUGUCACGCGGUCGUCUUUAGGUUAAGGCACCGUAGACUUAAGCGUCAAUAUCAUAUUUAGUAGCUGUAUGCACACAGUAUGCUUAUUACUCACACCACUCAGUGUCUUUCUCAGCUCGGUGUUGGUAGUUUCCAAAGGGUACUUUUUGUCUAUUCGCUCGAUGUACAUUUCCAAGAAGAAUAUCCUUUUCCUCCCAAAUUGUUAGAUAGGUAAUUGUGCCAUUAGCAAAACAAAAACUCAGUAAACUGCUAGGAUGUAUGGAGGGUAGGAGAGUAAUCAAUCGGCAACCAAAAUAAGAGUUUCACGCCGCAAAAAAAAACACGAGUCAAAAUAUAUAUUCUAUUGAACCAAGCGCUAUUAGUAAAAUUUCAGAAAA